AUGGAUUCAUUAUUACUAAAACAUUUAUCACUUAUUCGUCGUCUUCGUCGAGAACACUCCACAGUAACAGUUGCAGAAAUCAAACUAUUCUUCGAUAAUAUCGUUUCAUACAUAAAAAAUCUGAUUUAUAAAAAUGAAAAAAAUGAUUGUUUAGAUUUAUUAACAAUUAUAUGUGAUGAUCUAGCAUCUGUACACACUCUUCGAUUAUUUGAAAAUUCAUUUCUAAUUAAUCAUCCAAUAUGUAUCUAUAUUGGACGUACAUUAGAAAUGCUCCUAGUGAAAUCUAAUCAUUUACAAUCAAUACCAAUGACUAAAUGCGAAGAAAAUUGUUUUUAUACAAUAAGUUAUUUAAUAUCACAACUAUGUUUAUAUCGAAAUGAAACCAUCGAGUCAUUCUAUGGAUCGAUAUCAAAUGAAACUUUUCCCAUAACCGAUAAAAUAAAUAUAAGAGAUGAAACAAUUAAUGAAAAUAGUAGAAAGUCAAAUUUAAUAGCAAAUAAACCAAAUUUAAAAGUUACUUGUUUAUCUCCUAAUGUAUCAAAAUCACGUCCUAUCGAGGAAACAAGUAAGGUUCAUCGACAUUGA